UUCUUCUGCUGCCUUUUGUGCUCCUUGUGCACCUCCCUUCCCAGCAACCUGGGAUGAAACCUCCCCACGUGCUGGUGUUCCUUUGCCUCCUGGUGGCCCUGGUCACAGGGAACCUGGUCCAGUUCGGGGUGAUGAUCGAGAAGAUGACAGGCAAGUCUGCCCUGCAGUACAACGACUAUGGCUGUUACUGCGGCGUCGGCGGCUCCCACUGGCCAGUGGACGAGACUGACUGGUGCUGCCACGCCCACGACUGCUGCUACGGACGUCUGGAGAAGCUGGGCUGUGAUCCCAAACUGGAAAAGUAUCUUUUCUCUGUCAGCAAACGUGGCAUUUUCUGCGCCGGCAGGACCACCUGCCAGCAGCUGACCUGCGAGUGUGACAAGAGAGCCGCCCUCUGCUUUCGUCGCAACCUGGGCACCUACAACCGCGAAUAUGCCCAUUACCCCAACAGGCUGUGUACCGGACCCACCCCGCCCUGCUGA